AUGAGUGGUGGCACGUGGACACCAUUGCAUCCAGAUGAGGACAAGUUCCUGAAUACAGCAUUAGCUCUAGUAAAAAAGGCCGGAACGGUUGUGCGGUCAGCUUUCGAACAGCCGUCUUGCGAUGUGCACACAAAAUCAUCGAACACAGAUCUGGUGACAGAAACCGAUCAAGCCGUUGAAAAAUUGCUUAUUGAUGGUCUUAAGAGUGCGUUCCCGGAUCAUAAAUUCAUUGGUGAGGAAUCAGUUGCUGGAGGGCAAAAGUUCGAAUAUAGUGAUGCGCCAACUUGGAUUAUCGAUCCAAUUGACGGAACAACGAAUUUUGUUCAUCGUAUUCCAAUGAUAGCGAUAUGUGUGGGACUAGCUGUGAAAAAGCAACUACGCGCUGGAAUAGUUUAUAAUCCAAUUACAAGAGAAUUAUUCCAAGCGCAAACUGGCAAAGGAGCAUUCAAAAAUGGUUUUCCAAUCCAUGUUUCUUCCACUAAAGCUCUUAAUCGAAGCUUAAUUUGUCAAUCGCAUGGUAUCCACAAUUUGGUGAAAUUUGGUGAACAGUGGAUGAGUAUAACUCUGGAGAAUCAUCGACGUCAGUGUCUGGCUGGUAUUAGAGGUGGAGGGUUGGAGGAUAGAGAAAGAAAUGGGUUUGUAAAUUCGGGAUUUAUGCUGGAAAGUGGUAAUGAAGAGUAUUCGACUUCAGCGGUAAGCAAGUCUGUGUUGAUUCUGCAGUUGGGCGCCGAUCGAAGUGAUUCACUUGUGAAUUCAUUCGUCAACAAUUAUAAGAAUACAAUGGUUACGAAUGAUGCAAGGGGGCAUCGUUCGUUUGGUUCAGCAGCCAUAAAUAUGGUGUAUGUGGCGCAAGGUAGUGUGGAUGCGUAUGUGGAGUACGGCAUUCACGCGUGGGAUGUUGCUGCAGCAUCGGUGAUUGUCAACGAAGCUGGUGGUGUGGUCGUGGAUCCGACUGGAACGAAGUUCGAUGUACUUGGUCGACGUGUGUUGUGUGCAUCGAGCAGUGAGCUCGCUAAAGAACUUUCUUCAAUGCUCACACAUGUCGAAUACGAACGUGAAGCAUAG